AUGAGCAGCAAGCCCCUACUCACUCUCCAGGAGCUGGCAGGACAGAACCUUCAGAGGAAUGAGGCCUUGGCCAUCAUUGCUUUGGAGGACUUACCCAUACUAUUCUUACCACAACUGUUGAAACAAGCCUAUGAUGGUAAUCAUUGUAAGGUCCUGAGGUCAAUAGUGUCUUCCUGGCCUUUCCCCCGCCUUCCGCUUGGAGUUCUGAGGAAGAGGACACCCUACUUGGAGACUCAAUUACAAGUUGUCUUAGAGGAGAUUGAUAAGCUGCUUAUCCAGAAGGUUCGCCCCAGGAAGUACAAACUAAGAGUGCUGGAUUUAUGGUCUGUGGAACAACACCAUUUGGAUGUGUGGCCUGGGUCCAUGGAUGACUGGUUACCCAAGACCACUCAAGCAGAUCCUUGUGGUUCUGAGACAGUAUUAACACAUCUUUUGAAAGAAGCAGUGGACUUGUAUCUCAAAGAUAGAGGCCAGAGUAGGCUGUUCUCCUACCUUGUUCAGUGGAGUGAUAGGAGGAAAGGGUUGUUACAGCUGUACUGUAAUGAGCUUCAGAUUUGGUCACCAUCCCAUCAAAACUACAGGAGGCUCUCACAAAAGGUGAGCCUGGAGCACGUAGAAACACUGGGCCUGCAUUCUUCCUGCAGUCCAUCCUUUUUGCUUAACUUGGCUCCUUACCUGCGCCAAAUGAGGAACCUGCGUAAACUUGCUCUCUCCAACAUCCGUGAAGAGAACUUUGUCUCCCCAGAGAAGAGGAGGCGUAUCAUCACCAGGUUUACCUUGCAGCUCCUUAAGCUGGAGAGACUGCAGAAGCUGCAUCUCGAUGCUGUCUGCUUCCUUGAGGGACACCUGGACCAGCUGCUUGGGUAA